UCUAUUUAUCGGCAUACAAAUCAGUAUCUCUGGAGAAAAAAAUGAAGUUGUUUCUAAUCUUUGCAUUCGUGUGGAGUUCCAUAUUCAACCAGUUCGGAUCUGUUAACUGCCAAAGUGCAGUAUACUCUGCACUCCUUGAAGAAUUGAAUAUUAAACUUGGAAAUGAUAGUGAUUUGGUGAGCAAGCUUCAACCAUUAUUCUCCCUUCCAUCUAGAGGUCUUAUAAAACUUCGAGAAAGACGUAAAUUAAGUAGCAACAAAUAUGUUGAAUCAUAUCUUAAAGAAGCGGCGACUAUAUCCUAUAUUCAUGUAGAGGAAAUGUGUAGGAAGAGAGUUUGUACCGAAGUCAAUAAUAAUCUUUGCGAUAUAUUAUGCGAUGUGCUCAAUGCUUAUAAGGAAGAUGUCACAAAUAUUGGCAAGGUCUAUCAUGAUAUCUUCUUAGUGUACUCGGCCCAACCAAGUGUCCAUGAUAUAAACAGAUUCGAAUCAGCACUCAAUGAAUUCAAGAGAAAACAAUUUGAACGCGAGUCAGAGAUUAAUGGUGAAUUAGGAAGUAUGCAAACUAGAUACCAUCAAUUGGUGAAUGAAGUCAAUGCCAAAAUUGAUCAAUCAGUUACACUGGUAAAACAAUAUUUGGUACAAGCAACAUCAUUCAAAAGUGAAUUGAAAACCCUUUUUUUGCAAACGAAGAAAAUUGAUGGUGAAAAAUUAUAUGAUUCUGCGCAAUUGGAUGCACUAAACACCGCACUAAUUGCACUAAGAGGAAAACAACUAGAAUUAGCAACAUGUCUUCAAAAGCUACUAUCAGAUAUUCAAGCUUAUAACGAUCAACGCAUCGAAUGGGCUGGUUUUUUGUUGGAUACAACACUUCCACCAAGGCCUUCAAACAAACUUGGAGUUAUGCAAAUUUAAUAAUAUAAUCCAUAAAUUGAUUUAUUUUUAUUGUGAUCCCAAUAAAAAAGACGAUGAAAUCAUCAAAAUACA